AUGCCAGCCAAAACCGAAUGCCAGAGGCCAUCAAUCCUCUUCGUGGACGCCUAUGACUCUUUUACGAAUAAUAUCAUAUCGCUCCUCACGACAACUUUGAACUGCUCUGUGAGAGUGGUUCGCAUCGAUACACUGCUCUUCCCUACCGAUGCCUCUCUCGCCGAGGAGCUGAAACAGUACGAUGCAGUUGUUUUGGGACCUGGACCCGGGCACCCGGAGAAUGAAUCAGACGUCGGGUUGAUGCGGAGAAUAUGGGUAGCAUCGGCCUAUGCCAAUGGGGGUGGAAGCGACACCAGGGUUGAUAUCCCCAUACUCGGAAUAUGUCUAGGAUUCCAAAGCUUGGGAUUGCAAGGCGGUGGAGCCAUUCGGAGACUGACCGGGGGCGGCAUGCAUGGUGUUGUCAGGCGCGUAACUCAUUGCGGCCGGGGAAUAUACCAAGGAGUCGGAGAGGUUGAUACGACGCUUUACCAGAGCCUUUGUGUCGAUCUUGGGCAAAAUGAAGUAUCAGCUGAGAUAUGGGAGGCCGAAAAGUGGACUGCUAAGUGGAAAUACACUGGGGUCGAUAGGCAAGGCACAAUCGAACCUCUGGCCUGGGUGGAGCAGCAAGUUGAAGGAAGAGAUAAGAGAAUCUUGGUGGCAUCGAAGCACUCUGAGAGGCCAUGGUGGGGUUUACAGUACCACCCCGAGAGCAUAUGCACGAAUGAGGAAAGCAAAAAGGUCAUCUUGAAUUGGAUGGGUGAGGUAAAAAAUCACAACGCGCAGACUGGAAGGAAGAUUGUACGGGGAGGGAGGGCAAAGGCAGGAAUGCCAGUGCGAUCCAGCCUGUUGGCACAAACGGAAGCCAAGAAGUUCAAAAUGAAUGGAUCUCGAGCAGAGUAUGACUUCGAACAUGAAGACUUGGAUUAUGGAUACGCGUCUAGGGUCGUCGAUUUGGGCGGCAACGUGGACGUGCCAGACGUUAUUGCGCGCAUGGAAGCUGCUGGCCGGGACCUAAUUGUCUUGGAGAGCACAAACAACAAUAUUAGGGGAAUUGGCUCCGAAAUGGUCAGGGGACGCUACACCACCAUUGCUCUCCACGUGGAUAAUGCCUUGCGAGUAGAGUAUUCGGUCGGCAACGCGUUUGCAAGUGUGUUGCCCGCGUCGAAGACAUCCACUUCGCGAAGCAACCCCCAGAAGGUAUUCAUGGGAGGAUUUGGUGGAAUAUGGCCAUUCCUUGCAGGCUAUCUCGAUAAGAGGAAAAUCAACCACGGGAAUUUGGACGUGCCGUUUUGGGGUGGGUUUAUGGGUUAUACGACGUAUGAGCUUGGCUUGGAGGGCAUCGACGUUUCGCCACAUUCCCCAAUUCCAGCUGAUGGAACCGAUCGACCGGAUCUCAACUUCGCGUGGGUUACUGACAGCAUUGUCAUCGACCACCAAGAAAAUAAGGUGCAUCUACAGCAGCUUACGCAAUCAUCCAUAAACCAGGAUGCCGAGCUACUUUGGUGGCUUGACGGGCGGGGUCAGGAACUCGUCGAUUUCCUUCGUAGUGCAUCGUCUGCUCUUCCAAAGACCGCUUCUGUUUCUACGGAAUUCGCAAGUCCGUCAAAAGUCGGGGCAAAGGCAUGCACGCCAGAUUCCAGCGCAUACGAGGCCUCUGUUCGGACUUGCCAGUCGUAUAUCUCCGCUGGAGAAUCUUACGAGCUGUGCCUUACCUCCCUCUCAACCUUGAGCGCUCCUAUCGUUCCGAUCUCAUCUUCGACGCCUCUCUCGUCUAAGAAUGCUCCUGCCCUAUCGAGCCCGGCAUGGUCUCUCUACCGCUCUCUCCGAGCUGCACAGCCUUCUCCUUUCUCCUCUUUCAUCCGCCUCGGUCCUGCUACUUUCAUCUCCUGCUCCCCUGAGCGUUUCCUGUCAUGGACCUCCUCUGGGCGCUGCGAGCUGAGGCCAAUGAAGGGCACGGUGAAGAAGAGCCUGGCGCCGACUCGUGCAGAAGCAGAGGCAUUGCUAGACGUCGAGAAAGAGCGCGCGGAGAAUCUUAUGAUUGUCGACCUCGUCAGACAUGACCUAUACGGUGUCUGUGGCGCCGGUAACGUGGCUGUAACGAGACUCAUGGGAGUUGAGGAGUACGAAAGUGUGUGGCAGAUGGUGACUGUAGUCGUUGGCAAUAUACCAGGAGGCGAUGGAAAUUCAGGAAGCGGAGCAAAUCUCAACAUGAAAGGGGUUCCCCAGGAGAUCUCCACUAAUGGCUCAGAAGAAGGGCCGCGGUACUCUGGCAUCGAUGUCCUUGCUGCAUCACUACCGCCGGGAUCAAUGACUGGUGCGCCGAAGAAGAGAAGCUGCGAGCUGUUGAACGAGAUCGAACAUGGACGAAGGAGCCUUUACAGCGGAGUUGUGGGAUACAUGGAUGUCGGCGGUCGCGGCGACUUUAGCGUUAAUAUUCGCUGCGCGUUCAAGUGGGAUGAUGAGUGUCAGAACGACGAGGGCCAGGACACCUGGUACGUCGGGGCUGGCGGAGCUGUUACAGCACUCAGCGAGGAUCGGGCCGAGAGGGAGGAGAUGGAAACCAAGCUGUUCAAUACGCUGAAUGGCUUCGGCCUUGGCCUUAACUUGGGCAGGCCGCCAAAACCAACCUGA